AUGUGUGAGAAAUUGGAAAGCAAUGAUGGCUACGAUUCCAGGUCAGAACUCAAACACCUUCAGGUUCAGGUCUUUAGAUUCUCUGAUCAGUUGUCUUAUGAUGAUGCAAUAACUGUUUCCAACAAAGGUCAAGAGAUGAAGCUGGUAAAGAUUCUAACCAUUUUCACCGCAAUUGACUUCUCGGGCAACAAAUUCAGUGGAUCAAUACCUGAGGAAAUUGGAGAACUGAAAUCACUCCAUGUCCUCAACUUGUCUAGUAAUGCUCUCACAGGUGAAAUCCCAUCAUCUUGGGGUAACUUAAGACAUGUUGAGUCCUUGGACUUGUCAAGGAACAACCUCAGCGGCGAAAUUCCACCACAGCUUACAAUGCUCACUUUCCUUUCAUUCUUGAAUCUCUCAAAUAAUCUACUGGUGGGAAGGAUACCAACCAGUACUCAGUUUUCAACAUUUCCAAGAGACUCCUUUGAAGGCAACAAAGGAUUAUGGGGACCUCCUUUAACGGUGGACAACACAGCAGUACUAUCAGCAUCAACAUCAAAUGGAAGCCAUCAAAAUUCUGGAAAUAAGAUUGAUUGGGACAUUAUCAGUGUUGAAAUUGGAGUUACAUUUGGAUUUGGAAUUUCCAUUGCAUCUCUUAUGUUCUGCAAGAAAUGGAGGAUAUGGUAUUACAGAGCUACAUAUAACAUCCUUGUUAAGAUAUUCCCUCAACUGGAAGAAAGAUUUGGCAAUCACAGAAGACAUGUUCACAUGAAUCAAAGGUAA